GUUCGCCUCUUUCGCUUUCAGUGGACUGUCAAUUUCCAGGAAAUCAUGUUCUCUUCUCGUGAAUCGUGAUUUGUGCAGGCCGCAGGGGGCAGGGUGAGGAUGGAAAGGCGUGUUUCGGUGGUUUGGUCAGGUCAGAUGGCAGAUGCAUUGUUGAAGAACGAGAGGGUGUCUUGUUUUCACCAGAGAAAGGUUUUUUAUCGUAGUUUGAUGUUUUGAUUUGAUUGAUGCAGAUUGCAAAUUACUUACGUUACCGGUUACAAGGAUAGUAAUUUAUUGAUGCUGGAUUGCUUUGCUUUGCUUUGCUAUAGAUAACGAUCGUAUCAUUUUGAAUUGACGUGUUUAUUGUGUUGUGAUGAUGAAGCUUUAGUUCACCGAAGAGUGAAAGUGUUAAGCAAUUUAGAUAUGGCCGAGGAUGAGAAUGUGUUGCUACCCUAUGAUCCCGAAGUUGAUAAUUUUGGUAGCAAAAUCUUGGAAACCGAGUCCGGCCAAACAAUUACGUACGAAGAAGCCUUCCUAAACGCAGAUUAUGUAGAAAAAGCUCUUCAAGUGCCAGCUGUUGACGUUCCGAUUGAAUUCACGAUGUUCGUUUUGCGUAAAAUGGCAGUAAAUGAAAAAGAUUUUCGUAGUUUCGUAAAAGCGAUUCCGCUACAAACUCGCGAGUAUCUGCAUAAACUGAUGAACCGUGAUUCUGCUACGUGUACCGAGGUUCAUCCUGCCAAUGACGAAGAAUCGACGAGCACUUUCCGUGGACUGUUUACGAAAGUAUUCUGCAAAAAAGUAAUCAGCAAUUUUGCCGAAAAUCAGGAAGAUAAACAUUUCGAUAAAUUAUCCGCCGUGUUUCCUUUCAAAGUGUCCACCGAUGUACGUUGGUGCGAGAUGAAAAUUAUGCAGCAAUUUGACGAUGCUUUUUACAAAGAAAUACAGGAGUUUUUAGAUGAGCAUUUCGAUAACGUCAACGCUCCAGAAACUGUCGAGCUUUUUUUACUCAAUAUUCGUAAUUUUAUAUCGGAUAAAUUCUCAGCCGAAGCGUUGUUGUCAAGAUGGGAAAAUCCUGAAGGCCAACACGACGAUUAUCUGAGUACAUUUCCUCGUCUGCAUCAGGGAGGAAUUGAACGAUUUCAAUUUCUGUAUCGAGAAUUCGUCAGUAUGAUAAGGAGUCAUCGAAUUUACGUUCCAGCGUUUAACUUCUACCGUCGUCGUUGCGAUGAAGAUUAUUUUCGCAGAUUACCGGAACGUAAUUUCGUCGAUUUGUAUUCUUUUUUAGAUUACGUCGACUUUUUCAACGAGCAUCGCGAAAUUUACAUGCGGAGAUUUAAGAAAUACCUGUUCUUUUUCGUUCACGCUCUAGCAGUCGAAUCGAAUCCGGUGUUUUUCAUCGAUGAAAUGUUGUUCGAAUGCUUGAAAAGUUUACGAAGAUAUAAAACGAUCAAAGAAGAUGUCUCAUUGAAGAACGACUUGGCAAAAAUAACAAUGUUGGAUUUCAGAACGAAUUUAUUAGAUAGAAGAAGGAGCUACCGGGAUUAUUGCUUGAGUGAUACGGCAUUGGAACGUAUGAAGCAUUACAUUUUGGAAUCCAUUGUGCCGAAAAAUCCUCAGCUGAAUGUGCAGUAUAAGACUGAUUUACUAACUUGGAUGCCUUUCCGUACCGAAGAGGCAUGUGUUAAUGUAUGCUAUUCCAUAAAUGGUGGCAUAAAAAAUUUCUUGGAGCGAUUGCUUUGUAGUAUUAUGUGUCCUGACAGCGAUUCGAUUAGAUAUAUCGAUGAAUAUAAUGCCUACCUUGGAAAAGUAUACCGAUUUGAUUUGCCGAUGAACGAUAUUGAAUCUCUGCGGAAUUUCGUACGUUUAUGUAAUACGUACGAUGUCACCGAUGAACCUUUGGAGGAACCGAAUCUCGAUGUUUAUAUUUUAAAUCAAUAUAUUGCGUUUAUAGAAACUGAACGUUGUCGAGCUACUAUGGAGAUGGAGUGAUCUGAAUAGGUUUGAAGUAAUUUGAUUUUUAUGUACGUUGGUAUUAUUUUUAUGAGUUAUUGUUAUAUAUUAUUAUUUCAUUGAUGAUUGUGUUAUUAGUGGUUUUAAUUUGUUUGUGUUCUCGAUUAUAGUCGUGUUAGGUACCUAUAGUUCUUAAAUAUUAGAUUUUCUAUUAAACUUUGUUUUUGAUCUUUUCUAA